GUGGACAAGAAAGCCCGACGAAGAAGACUGGAAUAUUUCAGGCUCGACCGAGAAAAUGGCUCAAGUCGCAACCCUGUCUGUCCAACAACAGUGCUGGAACUUGAAGGACGACUCCCCCAGUCUCGCAUCCUGGAGAAUCCGAGAAGACCCCCAAAGGCCAAUAUCAUGGACUCCUCAAGCCCAGGCCCGGCCCAAGCGGCUUCGAAAGACAGAGUGCCGCGAGCUCUUCAACCCCAAUAACACCCUUCCCACCAUCUACAUUCAUGGCGCCGCCUGCCGGUGCGCUGAAACAAAAACCGAGAACGAACUCCAAGACGCCGCUCUCGCAACCCGAAUCGCUUCCCUCACCAGGACCAUCCUAGCAACAACAACACGACCACCACCACCAAUAACAACAUCAACCACAACAAACACAACAACCGCAACAACAACCCAUCCCACCAAACCCCCACGCCGCCGCCACUCCCGCUCCCCCUCCCACUCACCACCCCGCCCCGCCAAACGCAUCCCCACCCGCAGCAGCAGCAGCAGCACCCUCCAAGUCCUCUCCACCCUCGCCCGCCUCUUCCUCCCCUCCUCCCCACCCACAACCCCCUCCCUGCCGCUGCAAGCCGACCUCUGCAUCGGCUGCGCCGACCUCGACAUCGACAAGGUCGCGCGCUACCUCAUCCCCGGCGCCGCCUCGGACGAAGCGCGUAACACGCUGCCCGUCAACGCGCCCAACCACCUCGGCGUCACGCCGCUCAUGGCCGCCGUGCGUGCGCCGCGGGGGAGCGUGUGGCCUGCCGCGCGCCUCGAGAUGGUGCGGUUCCUGGUGGAGGCGUGCGGGGCGGAUGUGCAUGCCGUGAGGGUUGACCGGGUGACCGGGGUUGGGGAGAGUGUGUUGAGCAUGGCGUGUGCGGGGGGCGCGGUGGGGGUGGUGAGGUAUUUGCUGGGGAGGGGGGUCGAUGUGGAUGAGCGGCUGCCGUGCGGGCGGGGGAUUGGGAGUUUGAAGGGGGUUGUGGUGGGGAAGGGGCGGACGGCGCUGCAUGUGGCAGUUGCGGCGGGCAGGGCGGAGUGUGUGGAGGUGUUGGUGAGGGAGGGGAGGGCGGAUGUGGAUGUGGUGUUUGAUGCGGCGGAGGGGGAACGAGAUGCCGGGAAGGGCGGGGAGGGGGGGUUGAAGGGGUUGCGGGUGAAGGCGAGGAGCGUGUCGCGAGAGAGCCUGGGGCGAGGGAAGGGCCCGAAGCACCCGGUUACCGCGUUGCAUCUGGCUCACAACAACUACGCUUGCGCACAGGUUCUGUUGCAGUGCGGUGCCAAUAUUAGUGUGAGGGAUGGGCAUGGCAGGACACCGCUCUACUGGGCGGCUGAGGCAGGGAAAGCGGAUGUCGUGCGGUUGUUGGUCGGCGCGGGGGCGGAUAUGAACGCUGCCUCUGACGAUUGGGUUACGCCGCUCAACGCUGUGGUGGCGUCUCUUGAGAAUGGGAACGGGAGUCACGGACACGCCGAAUCCCUGAGAGUCUUAUUGCAGGGGGAGGGGCACUCCGACUCUGGGUCCGAAUCCCAAGACGAGGGGCGUUUGGAUAACAAACUGGUUGCUUUGAAGACGUGGUGUGACAUGUGGGAAGGUUCUCUUGAGGAUGAAGGUAUCGAUCUAGCGGAGACGGGUCCUUAUUGACUCGGUAGCCGGACGAUCAACAUGGUGGCUCAAGGCGAGACCACUUGAGUAGGGUCAUUCGGCCGGGGGGAUUUGGGAUCCCCGGAGUUACAAAAGCGCUAUUUUUCAUGAGAUGGAUACUAGC